AUGGUUUUAUGGAAACAUGAAAAUUGUUUUACAAAGUGGGGUUUUCAGCAAAAUAUACGAAAUUUCGGCGGAGAUUCGAAUCAGGUAACAGUUUUUGGACAAAGUUCAGGAGGAACAGCAAUAUUUGCCUUGCUUGCGUCACCUCAGUGUAAAGGUCUUUUCCAUAAAGCAUGGCUUUUAUCAGCUUCACCUGUGUUAAACAAAACUGCAUCAGAAGCCUAUGUUGACAACGAAGCUUUUCUUGCAAACGCAAAUUGUUCUGACAUUGACUGUAUAUACGCAAUGUCGUCUGCGGAAGUGACGUUUGCGGUUCCGUGGAUGAAAUAUCCAUAUUGGGCAAUGCUGGACCAGGGGGACUUGCCUACUAAAUAUCAUUUUGAUGGAGCGAUCGCAGUUGUUGAUGGUAACGUGAUCGUUGAAGCACCAUUUGAUGCCUGGGCGAACGGGAAACAUUAUUGAUGUACCUUUACUCAUUGGGUCUUGUGCAAAUGAAAUAGACUACAACCCAAGCGACAUGACUAUUAACAACUGGACAUGGACUCAAUAUGAAAAUCAUGUCAAUGAAACGAUAGGAACAUUUGGUCGCCUGGUUCUACAAACAGCCCUUAAACUGUA